AUAACAGCAUCAUCCCCCUUCACCAUCAACUCAAUUCCUCUCAAUCUACAACAUAAAAAACCAACCUAUAACAUCAAAAUGCCCCCUAAAGCGCCCAAGGGUGAAUAUAUUGAAACAGAUACAGGCAACAAAAUCUCCCGCCGGUCCUUAAUCCACGGAACCCAACACAUCAUCCUCGGCGGCAAGACAGUAAUCCAAGCGGACGCCGUCAUCCGAGGCGACCUCUACCGCUCCUCGUCCUCAUCCACAUCCACAUCCACAUCCUCCGACCCCGCCGGCGGCGGCGGCGGCAGUGCACCAAACAGCCCCUCCGUGGCCAUCACAAUAGGCCGAUACAGUUACAUCUCGCGACAAGCGAUCCUGCGACCGCCGUCGCGACUACACCGGGGUGUGUAUUCGUUCUAUCCGCUCAAGAUCGGGGAUCAUGUGUUUGUGGGCGAGCGGGCGGUAGUGGAGGCGGCGACGGUGGGGAAUCAUGUGCAUAUUGGGAAGGAUGCGGUGGUGGGGAGUAUGGCUAUCUUGAAGGAUUUCGUGUAUGUGUUGGAUGGGGCGGUGGUGCCGGGGGGCAUGGUGGUGCCGAGUUGGUGUGUUGUCGGGGGUGCGCCGGCGAGGAUUGUGGGUGAGGUUGGGGAGGGGUAUGGGGUUGAGGGGGCCGAGGGGGGGUUGGCGAGGGAGAGGUAUAGGUUGGUUGGGAGGUGA